AUGCGUGACGGUAGCCUAAGCUACAAGAGGUUUUGUAUCGAAGCAGAACUGCUACAGAAGAGAUCACAUGAGAUAGCGAGUAGACAACAAGUGGGAGAUGAAAGGUGUAUUGCCACGUGGGAGUGUCGAUAUGGUAAACGACAGCACUUGGAUGGAAAUUUAUAUCUCGUUUCAAGUGGAAAUACUCGACUAUAUCGGUCAACGAAGGAUAAUGAGAGUGUAAGGAUUGAUAUAAAGAGAGGUCAAGAUAUUGAUGAACUGUUGCAGAUUGGAGAGUACAACUGGACGAGCGGCGAUAACGAUCAGACAACGUUGCAGCCUCAAGAAGUCGAGACUGCACUGCUUGAAUUCCACAUUGUCUACCACACCAUCUAUCAGACACCGGUGUUGUACUUUCGCGCAUCAGCUGUCGACGGAAGGCCAUUGCCGUCCGAAGAUGUCACUCACGAUGUCGCGUUUCCUGGCUCGAAUGGCCGAUCUAUGUUGAUUGCCAUGGAAGAGCACCCGGUCCUGGGCAAGCCGUUUUCAUUUCUGCAUCCAUGUGAAACUGCUGCUGCCAUGCAACUACUUCAAGCUCAAAAAACCAAGACUGAUAGCAGUACAAAGAGUUUAUCGGAGAUGGAAGUGGAAGUGCCUGGGUAUCUUUUGAGUUGGCUUAGCUUGGUACAACCUAUGACAUGCAUUUCACCACUUGAGUAUAAAUCUGUAUAA